AUGAGUGGUACUACAAAGUCAAAAAAUAGUUGCUGUGUAGUAAAUUGCAGUAAUUCAUAUAAAAAUACUAAUAAUAUUACAUUUUAUCGAUUUCCAAAUCGUGAUUACGAGAAAGAGACAAAAGAAAAGUGGAUAAAAGCAAUUAAUAGAAUCAUAGAAAAUGGAAAACCUUGGCGUCCUAGUGUUCAUAGUGUUGUUUGUAGUGCCCAUUUUAUUAAUAAUAAGAGGUCUCUUGAUCCCAGAAGCCCGUCGUAUAUACCUUCAAUAUUUCCUGAAGUAUACAAAAAAAAAACCAUCAAUGUACUACAAAAUAUUGCCAGAUAUGAGCGCUCCAUCAACCGUCAAAAUCAAACCAUGGAAUUUCAAGAAAUAAAUAAUCAAAUAAUACCUUCUACUAGUUCUACAGAACUAGAUUUAAAUAAUAUAACAUCUAUUAAUAUUAGUACUCAAGUAGCUUUUGAGGUGCCUGAGGAAAAUUUUAUUUUUUAUUGUGUUUAUGAAGGUAAUAAUAAUGUAGGUACUCAAGCAUCAGUAAAUUUAAAUCUAAAUUUUACUAAACCGAAAAGUGCAGAAAAAUCUUGUGGAGUAGAUUCUUCAAAUACAAGUUCUUGUUUGUCCUGCCUAUCAUUUCAUGGAUAUAAUUCUAUACAGUCUGAAAAUGCAUUAAAAGAUAUAACAGGUGUAACUUUCAAAAUAUUUAAUUUUCUUUUGUCGUUAUUACCACAAACAAAUCGUACCAUAAUUAGUACAGAAGAUACCCUUUUAAUUAUGUUGAUGAAAGUUAAACUAGGUCUAACAUAUUCAGCCCUUAGUACAUUUUUUUCAGUCCAUAGAACUACCAUCAGUAGAGUAUUUUCUGAAUGUUUACUUAUUUUAAGUCAUAAAACAAAUAAUUUAAUUUUCUGGCCAAGUAAAACAACUAUUGUAGACACAUUACCAGAGGUUUUUAAAAAACAUUACCCUCAUUGUAGGUGUAUCAUUGAUUGCACGGAAAUAAGAGUUGAGCAACCUCAAACAGUUCAACAAAGAGUUUGCUUGUAUUCCCGAUACAAAGGUGGUUAUACAAUUAAAGUAUUAGUUGCAAUUACACCAAAUGGUAUGGUUAGUUUUCUAUCUAAAGCAUACGGAGGUAGGUCUAGUGAUAGUUUUAUCACCAAUGAUUCCGGAUUUUUAAAUAAGCUUGAACCUGGAGACCAAGUUCUUGCCGAUAAAGGUUUUCCUGGAAUACAACCAGGUGUUGAAGGUCAAAAUAGUAUACUAGUUAUGCCCCCAAUGCUUCAUAAUGGUAGAUUUUCUGAAGAAGAAGUAAUAAAAACAUAUAAUGUUGCUAGUGUCAGAAUACACAUCGAACGAUUUUUUGCAAGAUUAAAAUCUUUUAAUGUUUUGAAUAAAAUAACAACUGAUCUUUUACAAUACAUUGAUAAUUUAUUACUCAUUUGUUGUGUAUUGGUAAAUUUAAGUUCACCAAUUAUAAAACAGUAG